AGCGCAGGCUACAAUUCAGCCCGGUGCCAUUGUUAUGUGGUAAAUAUUAUAUAUCUUAUUAGGGCUAUGUGUAAAACCGUGCGUCAAUGCAGCAGUGCCUAAAUGCAUAAUAGUGAUACAUGGUUAGGCCUUCUCAAAAUAGGAAGAUUGCAACGUAACUAGUCCUAUAUGUUUUAUGCACAGCUUAAAAUCUUCAAAACAAGUUUGCUUAAUUUGAUGUGGCCAAGAUGUAGCGAAUUAUUUCCCAUCUGUAAUAUCGGCGUUUCUUCUCCAUAGCCUGCUCUCUCAGAUUGCUAUUAUAUCAAAGUAAUAGCAUUACAUUAACACGGAGGGACCAACUGUCGACAAACAGAGUUGAUUCGUUCUGCUUUCAGUUAAACAUUUCCAUUGAAAUACCCUAGUUGGAGAAUCAGACAGCACAACGUGUUCUGUAGAUAACGCAUCUAUUGCUGUUAUGUAAACUACAUAGGACCAAAACCCUUAUAUACUGUUAUAUUCACCACAGUCUGCCUACAGCCUGUUUUCAAAUACAGUAAUCAAUCUGUGAAAGCUGCGUGUGCGUUUGUGCGUUUGAGAGUGAGACUGCAGGAGUAGGCUGGUGAUGUGCUACAUUUUAUCUUGCUGUGUGUCGUCAUUGUUUUGCUUUCAUCGAGCCGACGUCAGUGGUGUAACACUUCCGAUGUCUUUAUUGACAGUGCAAAUUCAGUUCAUCCAGGCGAGCCCACAUCAAUAUUUCAUGCGCUACACCCAUCGUUAGUUUAUUACAUUUGUUCAAGGAAUCGAAUGUCAGCUUCUACGCCGGCGAUAUGCGUUUAGAAGUAGGUCAAACUGGCUUUCGUGCACCUACAAUUUCACAGUAAUGGAUAUACAAAAUAGAGCUGUAAAAAUGUAUGGUUACGUAUUUUGUAGCAUCGCAUCGUUCAUUUCACUCUUAGGCCAGAAUACAGCCUAAUGUCUUCAAGAUCUUCCAACAGAAACGCCAAGUGGACCAAAACGCUGAAACUGGAAGGGUCCACUUACACCCAUCUGUGAUUGCAAGCGUUGUUUCUGCGGUUUCCUAAGCGACCAUCAAAGUGCAGAGUGUGAUUUGCGUGCAGCCUUAUUGGAUUCUCUACGCUCGUCGAUCACAGCGCCGCCUGGUCCAACUCAGGUGCUCCGCUUCGGUUCCUAAAGGCGCUUGUUGCCCCGAAGCUCCGCUUCACAACAGCCCGGAUGUAGCGCUCAGUCUUCGCAUCCAUACCGGAUUGUAAACGCAUACUGGAGUCUGGUAACAUGGCGCAGGCAACCACAUAACGGUACCCACCAUAGUAAUUAGAGCAGCUUGAGACAAAUCACUAACAGGACAUGUAAGGAAGUGACCGACAGAAGCAGGUCUGUCCGGGUUCUCCACCAUGUUUGGGAAGAAGAAGAAGCGCCUGGAGAUCUCGGCCCCCUCCAACUUCGAGCACCGGGUGCACACGGGCUUCGACCCGCGCGAGCAGAAGUUCACCGGACUGCCGCAGCAAUGGCAGAGCCUCCUGGCGGACACAGCCAACCGGCCCAAGCCCAUGGUGGACCCCUCUUUCAUCACGCCCAUCCAGCUGGCACCCAUGAAGAUAUCUCCCAAGAAAGUGCGGUCAUCCGAAUCUCCGUCGCGAAAAACAAUCGUGCGUGGGAGCAGGCCACCCAAAGACGCCUCCAUUAACGGGCUGCUGGAGGAGUUCGACAGCAUCUCAGUGACUCGCUCCAACUCGCUACGCAAGGAAAGCCCACCGGGGGCGCUGCAGGCUGGUGGGGGAGGCAGCAAGCAGCCCCCGUCCUCCGCCUCGGGCCUGGGGUCCAAAUCUGGGGGCGCCGGCUCCGAGGAGAACGGCUUCAGCCACUACUACGCCCGCUACUCCUGCGACCUGGACGGCAGCCGGGACUUCUCACUGGAGCCUUACCGGGACAAGGGCGGCCUCUACGCCUACGACUACAGCGGCGGCAUCGGCGCCGACUGGCCCGUGGGCCGCCACUACCGCCACUUCUCUGCCAAGCAGAACGGACACCCGAUCCCAACACCGAGCCUGAUGCCCCACCACCCCAUCCGCAGCCCCUUCUACCCGGACGCCAUGCCCCAGAAGAGCUCGGAGUUCGCCAAGCUGCCGCCCGACUACCACGCCUACCUGGAGUCCAAGGUGCGGCUGUCCGCCUCCGCCGGUGAUGGGCCCAGUUCUGGGUCGGGUUCAGCCGGAACCAGGGACUACUACCGGGCCUCGCUGGGUGGGUCGUCGUCCAGCCAGGACUACCGGGAGAUUCCUCUGGGGACGCCAUCGCGGGUGUCUCUGCACAGCGACCAGCUGGGCUACGGCUGCAGCGACGGCGGGAGCGACUGGGGGGGGAUGGGUGGGGGGCACGGCGUCGGAUCCCGGGACGAGUUCGAGAGGCGGCCUAAGUCGUCGUAUGUGACACAGAUAAGCCCCCAGCCCGCCAUUCGCCAGCGAUCCCGAUCUGGGUCCGGCCUGCAAGACCCCAGCGGACCCCCCCACUCCGUUAGCGCCUUCAAGGCCGCCCCCCAGGCCCACCCCUACAGCUCCUACACCUACCCACGCCUGUCAGAGACCCCCAGCACAGCACAGGCCAUCGCCAAGGCUGACUAUGAUCGUUCGGUGCGUGACGGCAGCCCCCAGACCCCCGGCGGCGACACCUACCCCCGGGGUUCCCUCAAACUACCUCAGGGUCCGCCCCGGCCCGGCUACCCGCCCUCGGGCCUGCCCCACCAGCACCCCCCUCCCCCCAUGCACUACAAGCCUGUCGCGGCCGCCCCCUACCACCACCCGCCCUCGCAGCCCAGCCCGCCUUACACCCCCCAGGGGGCGCUGUCCCAGCCCACGUCCCCCUACAUCCCCCCGGGGGCCUACCCUCCGCCCAGCUGGGGCUCGUGCACGGAGCAGCCGCCGUCGCGGGUCUCGCACGAGCAGUUCCGCGCGGCGCUGCAGCUGGUGGUAAACCCGGGCGACCCGCGCGAGUACCUGGACAACUUCCUGAAGAUCGGCGAGGGAUCCACGGGCAUCGUGUGCAUUGCCACCGAGAGGCACACCGGCAAACAGGUCGCCGUCAAGAAGAUGGACCUGCGCAAGCAACAGAGACGAGAGCUGCUCUUCAACGAGGUGGUGAUCAUGAGAGACUAUCACCAUGAGAACGUGGUGGACAUGUAUAACAGCUACCUAGUGGGAGAUGAGCUUUGGGUUGUCAUGGAGUUCCUGGAGGGUGGAGCUUUGACUGACAUUGUGACUCACACCAGGAUGAACGAGGAGCAGAUAGCCACGGUGUGUGUGUCGGUGCUGAGAGCUCUGUCUUACCUCCACAAUCAGGGCGUCAUCCACAGAGACAUCAAGAGUGACUCCAUACUACUCACCAGCGAUGGCAGGAUAAAGCUGUCUGACUUUGGCUUCUGUGCACAAGUGUCCAAAGAGGUGCCCAAGAGGAAGUCCCUAGUGGGGACGCCAUAUUGGAUGGCUCCAGAGGUCAUCUCCAGGUUACCCUACGGCACUGAGGUGGACAUCUGGUCGCUGGGGAUCAUGGUGAUUGAGAUGGUGGAUGGUGAGCCCCCCUACUUCAACGAGCCACCCCUUCAGGCCAUGAGGAGGAUACGGGACAACCUGCCCCCCAGGCUCAAGGAAUCCCACAAGGUGUCACCGAUUCUGCGGGCCUUCCUGGACCUGAUGCUGGUGCGUGAGCCGUCCCAGAGGGCCACGGCCCAGGAGCUGCUGCUACACCCCUUCCUCAAGCUCUCAGGCCCACCCUCCUGCAUCGUGCCCCUCAUGCGCCACUAUCGCCACCGCUGAGACACCUCUGGCCUCCCUCCACCAGGGCGGCGCUCUUCCCCACCCUCCAGCACCCUCUUUCUCACACACACAAACACACACACACAUACACCCACACAUACACGCUCACUCUCACCGAGAGACCUGAAAGAGACGUUUGAAACCAAUGGGAUGUGUAACCCCCCACCCCCGUUGGGAAUAAUUUAAUACAUAAAGACACUGACACCUGUAACCGCACCUAGUGUAGACAGAAAUGAACAAUUAACAACUAAACACAAAGAAGCUUAUAUUAACACAAACAGACAAGAAGGGUAGAAUCACUAAAGGUGGAGAUGCUGGUCGGAGGCUGAGGAGUCGGGGGACUCCCGCUGAUAGUGUGGCGUUUUCUUCAGUCUUUAAGAGACAGUUAGCUGUUAGCGUAAAACACAUGUAGCGUCUGCAGUUCGCAGGAGUGGCCGUCAGGUGUGUGUCAUUUUUUUCUCUGUCUAGGCUGUGCUGUGUGUGCUCACUCCCUGAGUAGACCAAUCGUAGCUUCCAAAUACAGCCGUGGGGGGUGGGGCUUAACAACCAGCUGAGCCAAUGAGACAAAGGCUUGCAAAGGGAUGGGAUCCGGCGUCAGAACUGAGCAAGUUCCUUUGGGAACCCGGAAGAGAACUGAGCUAGUUCUGUUUGGAACCCAGAGAAGGAUCAGCAGAACUGACUGUGAUGGAUUUUUACUCACUGUCGAGGACGCAAGGCUGUUACUAGAGGCUGGGAGGGUUACGUGAAAAACCUUCACUUUUUUCACCCUCUCUCCUCAAACUUAUCAGUGGAAAAAACAAACGUAUUUUAGAGGAAAAUUGUAUGUUUUUUCUGUACAGUUUUUUUAUAAUCUGCAGUAUUUUGUGGUGACGUAAGCGUUGUCAUAUACAAGGCAGUGUUAUAUAGCGCUCAAGAGUAUCUGCCACUAAUAUUUCCUACUGUUUAUAUAAUCCUACUUUUUUGACAAAGAAAAAAAUGAAAAUAUUCUCAUUCUAAAAAGAAGCUCAUCCUUAACUGUUCAAAGAAACAUAUUUAUUUAUUUUGACUUUGUAGACAAAGCCUUCCUGUGGACAUAACGAGAAAAGGGUUAUUAACUUGCUAGACUUUUGUAUGCCGUUUUAAAGUAUUAUUUAUUUUUUUGGAACUGGACGUUUAUUUUUCUGUAGCGUGGCCUUCAUUUCUUUGUUUAUUUAUUUAAUUUAAUUUAAUUUAAUUUUUAAUUUUUUUAAACCUUAUGAGCAGUGAUGUUGGUCACACAAGCAAUACCCCUUAAUGCUUCUAUGGUAUGUAUGACCGGUGCUUACAGUAUAAUCACAUGUAGUUAACAGGGUUGAAGAGCGAAUGCAAAAGGCAUCCACCCAAUCUCUCACACUACCUACCCGGUGCUGACUGACUCUGGUUCUGAUCCGGCACUAGUCCGGCCCGCAUGCGGCAGUUCAGGGCCUGAUGGGUGUCAGAGUUAGUUUCCAUCGGGGAUCAUCACAUCACUUUCAUCUUUAAGACUUCUAGCAAUACACACACACACACCCACAAACGUACUCACUCACUCACUUACACACACCACUCUUCCUCCAUCACUAUAGGUCUUGUCUUUUUUUCCCCCUAUCAUGACAUGGUGUUUUGAAUUUCUAUAAUCCAAAAGCUUUCUCACCAUCCCUGUAGCUGAGCACAGCCCUCCUCCGACACCCCCAUCCCCCCACUGUGAUGUGUAAAUAUGAUCAGGAACAUGUGUGCUACUGGCUAAAGCUUGACGAGUGGUCAAGUUCAAAUGGUAAACCCUAACCGUGGUGUUGCUUGUACAGUAAUAUUGCAUGUGUGUCUUCUGUAAAGCUGGUUUCAAUAAAAAAUACAAAUAUUGUACAGAAA